AUGAUGUCAACAGAAUGUGUUCAGCCACUUGAUAUCCCAGAAGACAGAUUGGACAAGCGAGAUUCACACUGCAACCAUUUAGAAGAUCUUUCAGAGCAGCUAAUUAAGAGUUGUGACCUCAAAAAGAAACCGAGGAAAGGUAAAACCAUCAUGGCUUCCCAAAACUCUGAACAGGAGCAAAAAAAGCCAAGGAGGAAAGAUACACCAGCUUUGCACACCCCACCACCUCUAACAGGCAUAUUUUCAGACUUUUCUGAUAAUCUGCUUAAAAGAUAUGGUAUCACAGAGAAACCACAGAGAGAGAGAGGGAGUCCAGGCUCUCAGAUCACCGAACUGGAGCAGAAAAAGCCCCGGAGGAAAGAUACACCUGCAAUACACAUCCCACCCUUAAUAAUAGGCACUAAGCUGCUUACAGAAGAAAAGCAAACAGUGAUUAUGGAAGAUGAAGAAAAGGACGGAGACACAAUCCUCAGUUAAGAUUAUAGUGAUAUUUCCAAUAACACAGUGUAAAUAAUUCUGGGUCAUUCAAAGUGGCAGCACGUAGGAAAUAAUAAUUAAAAAAACAAAGUCCUCUCAUUUUAAAAACUAAUAAUUUUCUGAAGCAUGCACUUGAAUUUAAAUUACCUCCAAGUGCUUAUCUGCAUCUCGAGAAAUCUCAGCCAGCGUCACAGGAGGCAAUGACAGCAAUUUCACUCACACAUGGGACUGGAAAGAUCCUCUUGCUUUAGUAAAGGCGGAGUCCCAGGAUUUGUGUCAAUGAGGAGUCCAUCUCAGAUCAGAUCCAGUUUUGUGCGGCUCGGUGAUAAGAGUUAACAGAAAGGACACCCACCCACUCCAGUGUACUGGCACUAGAUACCAGAGAAGCUGGUAACACAGAGCGGUAGAACAUCAAAUAAUGAUUCAAAUUGCAUUUUUCUUUUGACAUUUCACCUCAUUUUUCCAGUUUCCCUAUGCUGGAAAAACACUAACUGCAGUGAAAAUUCUCAAGUGUAGAGCUGAUGGGAUGGAUGGAGGGGAUGAGAGGGCAGGAAUCAACUCUAGAGUGCUUGAAAUGUAAAGCAAACACUUCUGGCUGUAUCUGCUCGUGACUUUUGUUUGCAGGGCAAAAAAUGUAGAUUUACCACAGGAUGAAAACUUACAGCUAAGGCCUGUCAGCACUGACACAUCACAUGGGGUGGAGGGCAGAGCUCUCAGAGGAGACAUGUACGGGAAGACCAAUGCCUGCCUCUUACACCAGUGUAGACUAUUGAUUUUUUUCUCCCCUUCAAAUAUUUUAUUCCUGAGUUGGUGAGUGAUAAAUUAGUUGGAUAGCUGAUACUUUUACUCUAUUUUUUUUUCUUUGGACAUCUGCUUUUUAAACAGAGUGGCCAGGUUUUCAGUUAGGAGGAGUUACAGAGGUUAAAAAUCACAACAGGAGUUUCAAAACUUGAGUAAAAAGGAAUAGCAUUACCCAGUGGCAUAUGCAUUCUGCAAAGUAGAGUGUCACUACGUGCUUCUUAAAAUAGUUUACCUCAUGGAUUCAAUCCAGAAUUGUUUUAACGGCCAGCUACAGCCUUUAGCAUUUGUACACACAGAGACGGGUACUUGUACAAUAUCAUACCAAAUAGGUAGAAGUGGGUAGUUUUAUGCUUACCUUAAUAGCUCUGUGUGCUAACAGAGCAUUUCUUCCAGCUGGACACUUAGAGACCUCAGCAGAGAGCUUAAAGAUUACGUAGCCUGGCAGACUGAACUUAGUUAUCUUUUACCACCCUUAGGCAGACAGCUGAGGAACACUCUAGUUUGGACUUCAUUUGCCACAGUGAGUGACCCAGCAUCUUU